AUGGCCUGGCAAGCCCCGGCUUUCCGAUCGAAAGCGAGGGUGAUCUGUGACAACUUGUACCAGCAGCUAGACGAAGAGCAUUUGCUGAAAACAGGCAGUGCCUCCCUUGACAAGAUUGAGGGCGAAGACGUGACACUGAUGUCAUCGGACAAUGUCACAGGGGCCAAGGAGGAUCUUGGGGAUGUGGAAAACCAGAAGACACGAGAGACUUGGGACGAGGAUGAUUGCGACUACAAGGAAAAUGAAGAAGGAGAGCCAUGGGUGGACGAAGACCAGGAAUACGAAGAGGAAGAGCCAUGGGUGGAGGAAAACCAGGAAUGCCGAGAGGAAGAGGAGUGGCUCGAAGAAGACGAGGACGAGGAUGAACCUUACAAGGUGAAUGACGAAUGGGAGCAGGACGAAACAGCAGCCAAGGACGAGGAAGAACAGUGGGCCGAGGACCAGCCUGGAGAAUUAGAUGAGGCCGAAGAGCAAUGGGCUGAGGACGAGCCGGGAAGCAGCCACGACAAGAAGUGGGAAAAGGAGAAGGAGUGGCUGGAGGACGAGACACAGGGCUACGAAGAGAUGAAGGGUGAAGGUGAAACCGGACCCAAGGAUGAGAAAAAACAGGGCCAUCAGGAUGAGCUGAAUGAUGAGGAUUGGUGGGAGCAGGAGCUCGCUGACUUCCCAGAGGAUGGGUGGCCCGACGAUGCCUACGAAAGUGAGGUCUGGGGAGAUGACCCCGACGAGGGACCGAAGGCUCGGAGUGUUUAUAGAUGA